AUGGAUUUGAUGCAGUCUAUUAGUGGUGCCUCUGUAGUAGUUGGGAGAAAAGCAGUGAGAAGUGUUUCCAGCUUUCUUGGCAUAUCAUCGGAAGACAAUCAACUGGAAUUUUGGCAACAGCGAUUCACUUUAAAAGCCAGGAAUGGUAAACUUGCACCGUCACUUGUUAAUCUGCUUCCAAAGCGUUUUAGACAUUAUGAAAUUGAAAAUGGUGGCAAUGAAGAAGAGGGAGAAGACGAAGAAACUACUUUUGGUGUCAAGGUGACCACUGCAGCCAGCACACCAAAUCAUAUCAAUCAAAAGGGUAAAGAGAAUACAGAGAACAAAAUGUCUUCAAAGAGCUAUUCAGAUAGCUGUGUGACGCAUUCAACAGGCCCUACUAAAAAUUUUAUGGUUACUGACACACAGGCUGAGUCAAGACGGUUUGUCUGUGUAAACAUACAUGCAGAUAAAAUGGACAGCUCAAGCAAAACAACUUCUAAAGAUGACAAGCAAGAGAAGAGUAAGAUAUCUGUUCGUUUUCACCCCUGUGUUGACAAAAGUGAAAAUAUGUGCAAUCGGGAAUCUGUUAUAAAUAAUCAUGAUGCUAAAGAUGACGACCUAGACAUUGUUGAUGUUGAGGACAAUAUAAUAAUACAAGAUACCACACAGGCAAGUGUUAUUGGAAAGGAGGACCAGACAAGUGUUAUGGGAGAGGAGUACCAGAGAGGUGUUAUGGAAGAGGAGGAUCAAACAGGUGAUAUUGGAGUGGAUGACAAUACAGGUGACAUUAGAGAUUACCAGAAAGGUGCUAUUCUAGUGGAUGAUGAGAAAGGUGCUAUUGGUGAGGAAGACCAGACAUGUGUUAUUGAUGAGGAGGACCAGACAUGUGCUAUUGAUGAGGAGGACCAGACAGUAGUUACAGGAAGAUUACGAGAAUGCACCAGAUGCGAAGGGCACUGGAAGAAACUAGAGGAGAUGGUCAGGCUGUCUAAAGAGUCAAUUAACAGACCAUUAGACACCCUCCUGUAUGGACAAGAUGCUUGGGAUUAUUACCAAAAGAUUGUUGAGAUGAAAUCACUGAGUAAACUUACUGCAGAUCAAGAAACAAGCACAAAACAAGAAAAACGCCCAAAAAGGUCAGUGGUCCCAGUGGCUCAAACGCAGCAGUAUAAGGACUUCAAGCCUGUCUUCAUAACUUUAGUCACCGUUGCACAGAUGUUUGUCUUCUCUGUUCUUUGCUACUUUGGGGGUAUUGCACCAAUUGGCAUAACGCCACAGCUGACUUAUGCAGAGGGAGUAAAGACAUUUAUUGGAACAGAAACAGUUUCAGUUUCUGUGUAUCCAAAUGUAUGGAUUGGACCAAAUGCAAGAUAUUGGAUAGGGAUUGGGGCUAUGUAUUCACCAUGUAUGCGUGAAGAUCAUGUGCUUCGAAUUGAAUUUGCUAAACAAGAAUAUGAUCCACAAGGACCACUUGGAUGUUGUGAGAUGUCGGGUAUCUUUAUACCGUACAUGCCACAAGUUGGUGCCACAGCAGCAGUUUGCGGUUUCCUUGGUGUCACAUUCAUCGAAAUAGUUCAGUCAAGAAAUUUAACGCAAUCUACUAUAACUGACUUUUUGAAAACACUACUGAUUUUAAGCGUAUUCAUCGUAUCGGGUACCUUGCCAUUUGUGGAUAAUUUUGCUCAGAUUGGUGGGUUCAUCGUCGGUGUGCUAGCGGGUAUCAUUUUUCUCCCUGGAAUUGACAGUAAGAAGAAAUAUGCUCAAAUACUUUUCUGUGUGGAGUUAUUAGAAUCAUUUAGUAAUAUGAUCUGCUAUCAGAUGAACUGUGCUUUACGUGAAAAAUCAAAUGUAUAA